AUGGGAAAAGUUCAACUGGAUGACCACAGCAACAAAGAUAAGAAAACUGAGUUCAGCUUAGUACGACUCAAGAGCACAUGGACGCGCAAAGUGGGGAAGAAGAUCAGUAAGGGCCCGGAUGACUGUGUCUCUGCAGCAAAAAUCUAUGAGAGUAUCACAGAAUGCGGCACUUCUUGGACAGUCGUGAGCCCCAUCGUAUUUACCUACAAGGUGACUGAAACCCAGGGUUUGCUCGACCCAGGCAACAACACACUCCUAAUGGGCCACAUCACUGACCCACAACAGCUGGAAAACAAAGAACUGAUGAACAAGCCCAUCAAGCGCUUUGUGGUUGUCGACCAGGAAGUCUACAGAAUCUACAACUCCAAGAUAAUCAAGUACUUCGAGGCCAAUCAUGUUCUUUACAAGAUCUUGGCUCUACCAACCACUGAGGAGAAUAAAUCCAUGGAGAUGGCCUUGAAGAUCCUAGAAGAAGUUAACAAGUUUUCUAUUGACCGCCGCACAGAGCCCAUCAUCGCCAUUGGUGGAGGGGUUUGCUUAGAUAUCGUAGGCCUGGCUGCCUCACUCUACAGGAGACGCACUCCCUACAUCCGGGUCCCGACAACACUCCUCUCCUACAUUGACGCUAGCGUGGGUGCCAAGACGGGGGUUAACUUCGACAACUGCAAGAACAAAGUGGGUGCUUAUAUUCCACCCACCGCUGCCUUCCUGGACCUGUCCUUCAUCCAAACGGUUCCUCGCCGACACAUCUCCAACGGGCUGGCAGAAAUGCUAAAGAUGGCCUUAAUGAAACACAGAGAGCUCUUUGAGAUUCUGGAGAAACAUGGUCAGUUGCUGUUGGAUACAAAAUUCCAGUCUGACAACAGUGUAUUUGGGAACAACAACUCACAUGCUGCUUCAAGAUCAACUCGUAUAGCCAUCACCACCAUGCUGGAGGAGCUUGCCCCUAAUCUUUGGGAGGAUGACCUAAAUAGACUGGUGGACUUUGGUCAUCUCAUCAGUCCAGCAUUGGAGAUGAAGGUCCUCCCGUCUCUGCUGCAUGGCGAGGCAGUUAACAUCGAUAUGUCUUACAUGGUUUAUGUGUCUCGUGAGAGUGGCCUAUUGACAGAAGAUGAUAAACAACAGAUUAUACGCUGCAUGGUGGGUCUGGAGCUGCCAGUCUGGCACCCGGCAUGCACCAUGGAGCUCAUCCAGACGGCGCUGCAAGACAGGCUGAAGCACUCCGGUGGCCUUGUCAGAAUGCCUCUGCCAGUUGGCCUCGGGCAAGCAGAUAUUUUUAAUAACACAUCCUAUGAAAUCCUGCACAGAGCUUAUGAAAAGUGGUGUGAUGAGCUGAGUGUGCCCUCUGACAGCGACGAGCCAUGA